AUGCCUCGCGGUCGCCCAAGGAGGAGCGACGCAGCGCCCACUGUCGCCCAAACCACUCCCAAGCGACGCGGUCGGCCUGCAAAAGUCGCGCCCGCUGUCGCCGAACCUGCACCUGUUGACGCGACUGCAAACGAGCCGAGGAUUUCUGGUCGCGGACGUCCGAGGAAGAGCGAGCCGGCGGCUACUCCACCGGAGCAAGACACUGAGACGGGAAAGACAUCUGGUCGUGGCCGGCCGAAGAAAGGCGAAGCGGUGACCGAGACGGAGCAACCCGCACAGAAGAGACGCGGUCGUCCACCAAAGGCUGAGCAGGUAAACGAAGUGCAAGACGCAGUCGAGCAAGUGAACACAUCCGCUCGCGGUCGCCCUCGUGGUGGUCGCCCCGCUAAGAACGUUCCCUCCAUGAUGGAACCACGCAAGUCGCCUCGCGCCCGAAAGACUGCUGUCGCUCAAUCUCCGGUUGCUGGACCCGUGCGCGUAGCGAAGAAACGCGGUCGGAGGGCUGCAGCUGCACCCGCUCCGCCUCCACGCGUCAAUGCUCGCAUCAGGUCGAAGCUUCGCGAUCGCAAACAACUGCAGGAGGCGAAGGAGGAGGCUGCUGCGAGAGCCGCGCAGGCCAAUGCUGAUGCUUCUGGACGUGGACGGGCAAAGAAGCGCGUGGGUCGCCCCGCGAAGAACGCGACUCCACCCGCCGCAGCAUCGCCCGGUCGUAAGACGGCGAGGGAUGCAGUGAAGAAGACACGUGCUAAGAGAGGCCAUAUUACCAUGGAAGUUCCGAAGAAGUUCGUGGCGCAGCUGCAGCACCGCUUGUUAGAGCUCCAGGCAGAGGAUGAGGCUCGCCAGGCUGAAGAAGCUGAAGGAGCGGAAGAGGAAGAGGAAGAGGAAGAGGAAGAGGAACAGGCGCAAAAUGAGACUGAAGAGAACAGAGUCACCGAAGUUCAGGAAGAGUUCGAGCUCAUUGAAGUAGAAGAAGUCAACGAUGCUCAAGAGAAUGGGGAUGUCGAAGGUGACGAAGCUGAGGGAGCCAACGAAGGCGAGAUCGAGAUCGCAGAGAAUAUGGAAGUCGAGAGUCCCGUCGAAGAGCAGGAGGUGCGCAUCGAAACAGAGACCUCGGUCAACAUCGUCACCAUGGAUGUCGACGUCAAUAAUGAAGGCGAAGGCGAAGGCGAAGCUUCAAGUGCUGCCGCCCAAACCGGCGCUGAACGGCAAUUCCAAGCCUUCAUUGAGGAGGAGACUCAGGAAGAAUUCGCUACGUCUGAGCCUGAUCUCGCAGCGGCAGUGCCCGCGUCGGUGUCCUCCGCUUUCAUGGGUUAAUCGACUAUGGAUCCUCACUGAUGAGAGGAAGUUCUCGAGAUGCUUCUCUGUCUCUAUUUCUCUGGAUACGUGGCAUAUGGUCCCGGCAUAGAGACGACACGCCAUAUAACACCGUAAGCUGCAUUCUUAUACAGUGCCAGCACUUGAUGAAUGGUACUCGAGCGUCUCUUUACGUGCUGCCCGUACCGUAGCGAUCGAUCCUGCUUCUCGCUCAUGGUUACCAUCCCGCUGGGUGGCUCAGCGUUAGGGUGGAUUGCAUUGGUCAACGGGACCUAUUUGAUUCUAGCAGAGCUUACAGCCUCGCAAGAAGACGUGUAUAGUAGAAAUUCAUUUCAAAGCUUC